CCUCACUUCCCCCUUCCCACCCAAUUUUCCUCUCCGCCUGGAAAACCCAAGAACCGAAACGAGGAACGGGAAGACGGAAAUGCAAUCCACCAGGAGCUGAGUACAGAGAUUCAUCAGCUUGCUCCCAUUUUCCAUCUGAAAUCCCUGCCGUCUCCAGCCCUUCUUCGCUGCUUUUGUUGCAAGCUGGUACGCAGAAAUUAGCAGUGAAAAACAUGGCGGCACUCACUUCAGUCUCCUUCUCGCCGGCGAUGGGUCACUCUUCCGCUGACGGAAGGUCUUCCUCCUCUUCGUCUUCUUCCUCCGCCCGCUCUCUAGCUUUCUCCACCUGCGAAGCCUUCCGUUUCCGAACUUCCCCUUCCCCUUCGGCUCGCGUUCGUGGCUCUACCUCGUCGAUAUCUGGUUUCGUCAUCCGUUGCACGUCCGUUUCUACAGAUUUGCCUACUGUGGCCGAAACCAAGUUGAAUUUUCUCAAAGCGUACAAGAAACCAAUCCCUAGCAUCUACAACAAUGUCCUCCAGGAGCUUAUCGUGCAGCAGCAUUUGAUCAAGUACAAGAAGACAUACAGUUAUGACCCUGUAUUUGCCCUAGGCUUUGUUACUGUCUAUGAUCAGCUCAUGGAAGGAUACCCGAGCGAUGAGGAUCGCGAAAUCAUUUUCCAAGCAUACAUUAGGGCCUUGCAAGAGGAGCCAGAACAAUACAGAAAUGAUGCCAAGAAGCUCGAGGAGUGGGCAAGGACUCAGACACCCACUUCACUGGUCGAGUUCCCUUCGAGAGAAGGUGAAGUCGAGAGCACGUUGAAAGAUAUUGCAGAAAGAGCUGGCGCGGGGAAUUUCAGCUACAGCCGUUUCUUUGCUGUUGGUCUUUUCCGCCUGCUCGAGCUUUCCAGUGCCACUGAACCCACUGUCUUGGAUAAGCUUUGUGCAGCGCUAAACGUGAACAAGAGGAGCGUGGACCGGGAUCUUGAUGUAUACCGCAACCUGCUCUCCAAACUUGUUCAGGCAAAGGAGCUACUCAAGGAAUAUGUGGAGAGGGAGAAGAAGAAGCAAGCAGAACGAACAGUGUCGCAGAAGGCUAGCGAGGCUGUGAAGAACUGUUUGGGACAGCCUACCUACGUAGGGCAGCUGUAGACCAAACUGAGUAAAAAUGGCUCCACAACGGUUAUUUAUAAUUCCUUCCUCUUUAAGUUGAGGUUAGAGUUGAAUUGUGGGUUCUUCACAGCUUCGGAACUGGUCUUCGUUGCAAAUAUUGUGGGCUUGCAAUAUUCAGAUCAGUUCUGUUUCCUGUGGGAAAUGGAUGAAUAUAGAAAUUACCCCCAUCUCUAUCUUGUUCAUAGUUUUGUCUUCCUUUUUUUGCUGUUCCAACUCUAUACACAGAGUGUACGUACUUA